GCUCAUGGUAUUUAUAGUGAUUAUCGGACUGAGGAUUCUGUGCACAUUACAGUAGAAUCAGCGAAGACUAAAUACCAUCAGCUGAAACUGCUAGAACCUUGGAGGGCUUCACCACCUGAGCUUCCGCCGUGCUGAUUGGUCGCGAUGAUAGUGUAGUAGACAGGCCACCAUUGUUCUACUACCAACGGAUAUCAGAUUGGUGAUGCAUCCUUUUCGCGCGAUUGUUUUUAUCCACGGUAAGUAAGAUAAGUUUUCCGUCGUUGACUGAUCCGGAGGGCAAAACCCUCGGCUCAAGUGCAACUCGCCCGGGACCGGUUAGACUUCCCUGCCUCCUGCAGGGCUCGUGGGGGUCCUCGCAGGAAGGGCAAGGCAGGACGUAGCGCAGGACGCGCAGGACUACGCUACCACGGUACGUGCUCUCUACUCUACUAGUGUGUAUGUUUAAUGCAACUCAUUGUGUAAGUCUCCCUAAGGAAUGGCGCAUUAGUGACCUCGACCUGGAGAACGAGGGUUGGGCGCUGAGCACCCCCGCCGCGGUGACCACAGCGAGCGACAGAGCGCCGGCUCGGCCAGCACCAGGUGGGGCAGGGGCUGGCGCCGGCUCGCCGGCUUCAGGCGAGACCAUUGUUGCCUGGUCCUGACCGCCCUCACUGGUGUGUUCAGCGGCACCGGCAGGUGGCGGCGGCAACGCAAAGCAGGGCAGGAGAGCGACCAGGGCGCCAUUCACCGCGCCGCCGACACCCACAAGAGCACGGCCUCGCGGGGAUGGGGAGGGGGAGAGCCGGCCAAACUUCUUCCUGACCGUGACCGUGCCCUGGACCGCGGGAAUGCUGACGCUGUUCCUGCUGUUCCUGUGGCUGAUGCGUACGGACGGCCCCGUGUACCACUGCCUGACGCAGAGCUACACGCCGCCCGCGGUCCGCGAGCAGGCGGCGGAGGAACGGCGGCGCGAGCGGCUGGACGAGACGGAGGAGACGGCGCAGAACGCCUGGGAGACGGAGCGCGAGCGCUGGCGAAAGCAGCGCCCUUCCCGCCUAGGAGCCACCACGACCCCGUCCGCGUCGCCCUCCGCGUCGCCCUCCGCGUCGCCCUCCGCGUCGCCCUCCGCAUCGCCCUCUGUGACCUGGGCCGAGCCCCCCGUGCCCGUGAUCGUCCCCGUGCCCGGCGAGGACGACGAGGACGACGAGCAGCAGGCGGCGCCAGCCUCCUCGUCGAGGCCCGUGAGGAGGCACCGCUCCCGGAGGUGACCGUCGAAAU